UCAACUUGUCUGGGUAUCCAGACGCCUCACCCAACUCCGGCUCAGCUUAGGCUCCGCCCUAUCUCCGCCCCCCGCGCCGUCUGACAGAGUCGGGAGCGCGCACAGGAGACAGACACCGAGUGACCGGGAGCGGAGGCACCGACCAGCAGCACUGACAGGGCUUCCCCAGAUCUCCCUCAGUGGUGUGGCAACCAUCAUGCCCCAAACGUUUCUGAUACCCAGUCAUCAUUAGACAAGAAUCUACACGGAUUGGCUCUUGUGUUGUGUGGGGGGCAGCAGACAAACAUAGCACCCACAAAUGAAUAAUCGCAAAGAGGAUAUGGAGAUCCCUUCCCACUACCGGCAGCUGCUACAGGAGCUGAAUGAGCAGCGUCAACAUGGGAUCCUUUGCGACGUCUGCGUCAUCGUGGAGGGCAAAAUCUUCAAAGCGCACAAAAACGUCUUGCUGGGCAGCAGCCGCUACUUCAAGACCCUGUACUGCCAGGUGCAAAAAGCAUCGGAGCAGACCACCAUCACACAGCUGGACAUAGUCACCGCUCAAGGUUUCAAGACCAUUAUAGACUUUAUGUACUCAGCUCACUUGGCCCUGACCAGUAAGAAUGUCAUUGAGGUGAUGUCUGCCGCCAGCUACCUGCAGAUGACCGACAUCGUCCAGGCCUGUCACAAUUUCAUCAAGGCCGCUCUGGACAUCAGCAUAAAGUCAGAGACUUCAGAUGAUUUAACAGACUAUGAUAUGGGUGGUCCAUCCAGCAGCGCUGAGGCUCUUCUCUCUGCCGUUGUGGCUGGGCGCAGCAUCUCUCCCUGGCUCGCUAGAAGGACAAGUCCAGCCAACUCCUCAGGAGACUCUGCCAUUGCCAGCUGUCAUGAGGGAGGGAGCAGUUAUGGGAAGGAGGACACUGAACAGAAGGGGGACAGCCAGGAUGAAGUGUCCUGGGCAGGAGACGUAUGUUAUGGAACUGUGCAUAUAAAAGAUGAGCAGGACUCUCCAUCUCGUUAUGUAGGCCCUGACAAGGGUGACCCUGGGGCUUCUUACUUGGAGCAAGGGGAAGGCUGGCAGCACUCUGGGAGGAGGAAGAAUAGAAAGAACAAGGAAACUGUCCGGCACAUCACCCAACAGAUGGUAGAGAGCUGUAGAACUGGUUCACCAGAGCCCUCCUUCAUCUCCAGCUCACAGUGGCAUUACAGCAACCAGGACAACUCCAGUGAUGAGGUGACAGUGAUUGAGCCAGGCAGUUCGGACAGCCGAGAAGAGCGAGCAGAUGUCUAUUCCCAAGGCGAGGAGUCCUUGCAAGGUGGGGAGGGGACUUACCUGUCUCACCCCCUGGGGCUGGAGAAAGAUGAGAACCACACGCGGGUCACCAGCGUUACCAACCUGCGCUCUGCGCUGCUCAGCAAAAACAGCCUCCUGGCCCUAAAGGCUGAUGUUCUAGGGGAGGAGAGCUCCCUGCUGUUUGAAUACCUGCCCAAAGGUACCCACUCCCUCUCUCUCAAUGAGUUCACCGUCAUCCGGAAGAAGUUCAAGUGCCCGUACUGCAGCUUCUCUGCCAUGCACCAGUGCAUCCUCAAGAGACACAUGCGCUCGCACACGGGGGAGAGGCCGUACCCCUGCGAGAUCUGUGGCAAAAAGUUCACCCGGAGGGAGCACAUGAAGAGGCACACACUGGUGCACAGUAAAGACAAGAAGUAUGUGUGCAAGGUGUGUAACCGCGUAUUCAUGUCCGCUGCCAGUGUUGGCAUCAAGCAUGGCUCCCGGAGGCACGGCGUUUGUAUGGAUUGUGCAGGACACGGCGUGGCUCACGGCAGUGGAGGCCACUCCCCAGAUGGCAUGUAUGCAGGCGAAGCCCACUAUCUGGAUGAUGUGGACGAGCUGAAGGUGGAUGAGGAGAUGGGCGGGGAGGAAGAUGAUGACAUCAAAUGGAAAGAUGAGGCAGAGAACUCCCAGGAUGAUGUUAUACUUGAGGAUGAUGAGAUUGAAGAUUGCACCCCAGAUGUGAGUGGAGGGCAGAUGAAAGAGUUUACCUGGAUAGCCUAGUGAGGAAAGAGUUAAUCCGGUAGCCUGAGGGACCAGCAGAGAAAGCUAAUGAUCUGCUGCCAGUGGGCCCCCUGCUGGUGGCAGGACUAGGCAGGUUGGCCCGAGCUGAUGCACUUGCCAUUGCUUAUCUCUGGCAGCCACAGGGACAGUACUGGUUUCACUUCACUGACAAUUACUUCCUUUAUUUGCUGCCAGAGGGGCCUGUACAGUUCAGGGGCCACACUUCCUAAAUCCCUGACAGUCAUCCAGGGGCCACAGCACCUAAAGUCACUUUUUUCCAAACUGUUUGAGGCACCCAACCACCACCAAUAUUCUUUCCCAUCUGCAUCACACCUCCCCAAUACCCCAUCUGCCCUUCCAGCUGCUGUUUUUUUAAGAAAAUGUUUUUAGUGGGAAGUUUCUAAUGUUUUCUAAUUGCUGAACACAAUCAGUGUGAGGAGCCAGUGGCUGUGCCCCUUACCCCACGGCACCCCACCACCCCUCUCUCUCCAUAUGGGCAUCAAAGUCUUGUGAGCUGCUCUGUAACAGGACGUGCAGAAAACAUUCCAUGCGUGGGCACCAGACAUGCAGAGAAUCACCCAUCAAAUGGCACCAGUUGCUUGGAUUUUGGACCUUAAAGCUGUCGGGGCCUUAAGGAGCCCCUUUUGGUUAUUAUAAGCUGUGUCCUAUAAAGCCCGACACUGGAGGGUAUAGUAGUACCAGGACCAUACCAUAGCUUUAUGUGUCAGUAAUUAUCAAGGCUUCCCUGCCCUUCCCCCCAUAAUUAGCCACUAAUUGCAUUGCAAGCUCUUGUGCUGAAGCAGCUGCCAGGGUGAUUGAAGCAAAUAGGCAGUGGCAGCUUUAAGCAGAGAGACUGAGUUGAACUGAGGUCUGAGAUUAGGAGCCAUGGUGGCACGGAGGGCUGGCUGGGUGGGCUCUGGCUUCUCUACUCUCUCAUUCUGUGUCUAUUUUUAACAAGUUCCCCUUUGCACACGCCACCCCUCCCUAAUCCUUACCCCCCUUCCCUCUUCCCUUAUCCUGACUCUGUGGGGAAGAUCUGUUCCUCAAUUGCAUUUCCUGAGGGUGAGCAGCCUGGCCUAUGGACUGGUAACUCCUCCGCCAACGUAAACUGACUCCAUGCCAUCAGGGAGAUAAUGAUCCUCUCCAGCCAUUUAUUCUGGCAGGGGGAGGAUCACCUGAGCCCUCACAUGUUGCUGAACUACAGCUGCACUUUGGCUUGUGCUUUAGCGCCAUCCAGUGGCUGCACAUUUCUUACCACUUGACAUCAAACAAAGAGUAACGUCAUGAAGUGACUUCUCAGCUCUGUCACCCAGUGGGUUAAUCGGUUUGCCACCCUUACCUGAUUAGGACUAAUUCUAGGGAGACCUUCUCUAGUUGUCUUCACUCAACCCUUUUGCUUUUUUCUACUCUUUCCCAUAAAUUGAUUGAAUAUUUAUAUAUUAUAUAUAUAUCAUAUCGUGAAAUAUGCAAGAACUGGAAUAUUUGGGGCAGGUUUGCAGCUAAAUGGGGAUUCAUAGCGCAACUUCUAAUAUUAUAUAGGAGGAUCCCCCUGCUCCACCCCCGAGGGGCCGACCCUGAGCUUUCCUAUACACACACACAUUAUUUAUUGUACCUUGUUUUCUUUUUCUUACACAUCUCUCAGACAAUAAAAUGGCAACGCCGUGCAAUGAAUAUA